AUGUAAACAGCAUUUUCUGCGAAAUUAUUGGGUGUAAAAAUCGAAAAUCAGUCUGUGAAUAUCUUUGAUUCCCUUCUUUCAAAACAACAUUGUCAUAAUUAAAUUGCUUUGAUGUAUAAUAAUAAUACUCGCAACUAACAAGCUGGGCAAUUUACAAAUCAUAAUAUAAAAAUUUUUAAAGUCAUAUUUUCAAAGUUAAAAUAUAAAAAUGAUUUACCACAUAUUGUCUUUAAUUAGUGUUGGUUUACUAUGGGGUGCGACUAACCCUUUUCUAAAAAAAGGCUCUAAGGGGAUUGAAAAUAUUAAAGCAAAGACGAAGUUACAGAAAUUUUCUCAAGAAAUUCAAUUUUUGUUGAAAAACCCAUCAAAUUCAAUUCCACUCUUACUUAAUCAAAGCGGAAGUUUAAUUUAUGUUUUGACCCUUCAAAACGCUAAUUUGACGAUGGCAGUUCCAAUUGCGAAUGCAUUGAGUUUUGUUUUCACAGCUUUUGCGGGGUACUUUCUUGGUGAAAUUCAUUCAAAAAAUACGUUAUUUGGUAGUUUAUUGGUGAUUAUAGGAAGUUCAUUACUAAUUUAUGACAAAAUAUAAUAUUUUUUAAUUCCUACA